UUUUAAGAAUAAUUAAUAAAAUAUAAAUAAUUGAUUUAUUUUUUAAAGUAAUGCAUUUUGGUGAAAGAACUUGUAGAAGAAAUUGCUAAUUUAGUAAUUAAAUUAAUAACAACCGGUAUCAAUGGGUUACGAUUUACAUAGAUUCACUGGAGAAGUAGAUGAAGAGUUGACAUGUCCUAUAUGUUCUGGUGUGCUCGAGGAACCUCUUCAGGCUGCUAUAUGUGAGCAUGCAUUUUGCCGUGGCUGUAUAACGGAAUGGUUAUCCCGCCAACCAACCUGUCCUGUUGAUCGCACAUCGCUAACUCCAACCAAUUUACGUGCAGUUCCAAGAAUUUUAAGAAAUUUGUUAUCUCGUUUGUCUAUAACUUGUGAGAAUGUGGCUUAUGGUUGUACAUUAGUUCUAAAAUUGGAUGCUCUUAACUCGCACUUAGAAGAAUGUGAGCAUAAUCCUAAACGUCCCUUGCCGUGCGAGAAAGGUUGCGGAUUUGUUAUACCAAAAGAUGAACUAAAAGAUCAUAAUUGCGUACGUGAGUUACGUACAAUGAUCCAUGCGCAACAACAAAAACUAACUGACUUUAAAACCGAGAUCUCUGAUCAUCAUCUAACAAUUAAUGAAUUAAAACGUGAAUUGCAACUUUUUAAAGAUUUUAUGCGCGCUAUGCGCGUUUCCAAUCCAGCAGUCCGAGCCAUUGCUGAUCAAAUGGAAAGAGAUGAGGUUAUACGUUGGAGUAGCACAUUAUCGCGUGCCAGAGUAACACGCUGGGGUGGUAUGAUUUCUACGCCUGAUGAGGCUUUACAGAUGAUGAUCAAACGUGCUUUAUCUGAAUCAGGCUGUCCCCCACACAUUCUAGAUAAUUUAAUGGAAAAUUGUCAUGAACGUCGUUGGCCACGUGGAUUAAGUUCACUUGAAACCCGCCAAAAUAAUAGACGUAUAUAUGAUAGCUAUAUUUGUAGACGCAUUCCUGGUAAGCAAGCCGUUCUGGUUUUAAGUUGUGACAAUGCGCAUAUGUCAGAGGAUGUUAUGGUGGAGCCUGGUUUAGUAAUGAUUUUUGCUCACGGCAUUGAAUAGUAAUAUAUGAAAUAAGUGUUGUUUGAGUAUCGAUUGUAUUAAUUAUAUGUAAUAUAGUUUAAGUUAUUUUAUCUGCAAGUUUAAAAGAACUCUAUUGAAUAUAUAUAUAUAUAAAAGAACAGUAAA